UUUUAGCGUAGGUUCUUAGCGGCGACUCUGGCCUGGUCUCAGCAGCAGUGCGAGGAGGUUGUGGCGUCUGCUUCUUCCAGGCUAUUUGAGGGGACCCCUGAAGUCCCUAUUCAGUUGCCUCCCGGUCCCCGCCUUGUGCUGCUCCAGCCAGGAUGAUCGAGGUUGUUUGCAACGACCGUCUGGGGAAGAAGGUGCGCGUUAAGUGCAAUACGGAUGACACCAUCGGGGACCUUAAGAAGCUGAUCGCAGCCCAAACUGGCACCCGUUGGAACAAGAUCGUACUGAAGAAGUGGUACACGAUUUUUAAGGACCACGUGUCUCUGGGGGACUAUGAAAUCCACGAUGGGAUGAACCUGGAGCUUUAUUACCAAUAGAGCAGAAUUCCUUCUUCCUGCCCUUCCCCCUCCUCCCACCCUCACUCCCCACACUAAUAUGGAUGCUUGUUUUUGGAAACUCAUGUUAAUAAAAACUUAGAGGUUG